UCGUUCAUCACUUGACUGCCGUGUAUCGUUUUGUUUCGUGCCAGCUCUAGCUACACGCAUAAAUUUUUAGCGAAAAUUUAGAAAACGAACAAGCAAAAGUUAACAAAAGUGCAGCGGGUGUAAUUUGGCGUACAGUUUAACAAUUACAUUGUGGAAUUACACUUAUUACAAAGUUGUUUUCGUGCAUUUAGCGCCGCAUACUUAAUCGUCCCGCACUCGCACUAACACACACGCGCUGAGUGUUUUGUGUGUGUGUGUGCGUGCCCGUGUGUACAUGUGCAUGUGUGUGUAUAGGUGACAAUUUUGUUGCGUGGUGCCGGGUUACAGUUAAAUAUUACAGAAUAUUUGUUGUUUUGCGAGCGCGCGCAUUAAUUGUGGCAUGAAAUAAAAACAACACCAGUUAGCCGGCACAGUUAAAAUCAUUUAACGCUAACGAGUGUGCAACUGCGUUCAGCUUCAAAAUGAUGUUCACGGGCACCAAUCAGCAGCAGGACACGCGCUUCAGCGACAAGGAAAAGAAGCUAAUGAAGCAAAUGAAAUUCGGGGAUUGCCUAAAUAAGCGUGUGGAUAUGUCCAAAGUUAAGCUAGAUGUGCUUCGACCUUGGAUAAGUAAAAAAAUCACUGAUAUUCUGCACAUUGAGGACGAUGUCGUCGUUGAGUUUGUUUAUAAUCAGCUGGAGGAGGAAAAAUAUCCCUGUCCCAAAAAAAUGCAAAUCAAUAUGACCGGUUUCCUUAACGGACGCAAUGCCCGCCAAUUUAUGGGCGAGCUAUGGGCGCUGCUGCUCUCCGCGCAGGAGAGCGACAGUGGCAUUCCCGCAGAGUUUAUACAGCAGAAGAAGGAUGAGAUACUGAAGCGUGAGGAGGAGCAGCUGCAAAAGCAGCGCCAGCAACAGCAGCGUCAACGUGAUCUGUCACGUUCUCGCUCUCGCUCCAGGUCCCCUUCGCGCUCACGGGACAAGCCGCGACGUCACGACAGAUCCAAAUCGCGUUCACGCAGUCGGUCGGUAUCCAAAAUGGCAGCAGCCUCCAACAAUGGCGGCACCACUGCAGUGCCUAUCAACAGUGCAGCACGAGAGGCGGCAGCAAAUGCAGCCGCUCGCCUACGCAAGCGUGGUGGUGUAGGUGGAGGCGGCGCCGGUAGCGGCGGCUCACCCAGUGCUGCAGGUGGAGCUGGAGGAGGAACAACAGCAACUGCAGCAGGUUCAGCAGCUGGCGGCGGCGGUGGACGCGGCACAUCGCGAGAACAUCGUAACAGUCGCCGCCGUUCACAUUCCCGCUCUCGUUCCAAUCGCUCAGCACAACGAGCGGCCUCCACAGACGUUGGUGGUGGUGCUAUCAAGACUUUAAAUGGACGCCACUCUGUCCAAAAAACAUCGCCAGCAGCUGCGUCCAAAUCCAAAACAAAGGCCAAAUCGCGCUCACGUUCACGCUCGCGUUCAACACGCAGUCGCUCCAGAUCCCGUAGCGGGGGCAAAGGCUCGCCAAAGAGGCGUACUCGUUCGCGCAGCUCUUCGCGCUCCUCGGCACGCAGCAAUCGGCGUCAUCGUCGCUCGCGCUCGCGAGCCAGCAGCAUUUCGCUGUCACCGGAGCGCCAACAGGAUCAACAGUUCGAACAUCGACGCAACAAGAACAGCGUGCAAAAUAAGCGACAAUAUCGCAACAAUCGUGAUGAUUCCGCCAGCUCCAUUGAGCGAGGCGAUGGUCGUGCCAGGCAAUUUGGUGGCGGUGGUGGCGGCGGUGGUGGUGGACGACGACCUCCACCACAUGGCAGACGCUUUUCGCCACGCGGACGCAGUCCCAUGCGUCAGGACAAUGGCGGUGGCGGAGGUGAUAGGCGCUUUCAGCGCUCCAAUUCGCGACGUCGUUCACGCUCCCGCAUGCUAUCCAGAUCGCCUAUGCGCUAUUCCAGAUCGCCAAGGAGGUUCAAUAAUCGCCGUCGUUCGCCGCCAAUGCAUUUCCGCGGUGGCGGCGGUGGAGGCGGAGGAGGUGGUGGUGGUCGUGGUGGCGGCGGCGGCGGUGGAGGUGGUGGCGGAAGGGGUGGCGGCAACCAUCGUAACAUGUGGCAGCAGCAAUAUCGUGGCGGCAGUCCCAAUCAGCGGGGCGGCGGACGUAUACACUGGCAGGCCAGGCACAACAGUCCCAAUGGUGGGCGACGCUUCGAUCGUCGUCAGUCACCGCCGGGCGGUGGUGGUCAGCAUCGUUAUUCGCGGGAUCGCCGCCAGUCGCCCGGCCCGGGCGGUCCACAGCAGCAGGGACAACAGUUCCGUAAACAAUUCUCGCCCGGACGUCGCUUCGAUAGGCGUGGCUCGCCACAGAGCUACAAUCGUUGGGAUCAGAAUCACCCCGAUCCGCGCCAGCCCAUACGCAAUCAACAGCAGCAGCACCAACGCAUGCGUCGCUCCAGCUCGGGCAGCGCUAGUCCCGCGGCGCGUCGUCAGCACCAGCGCAGCGUCAGUCCAGUAGCCAGAAAUCGUAGUCGCAGCCGCAGUCGCUCCAGCGGACGACCUACGAAACGCAGUCGCAGCCGCAGCCAGCAUAGCCGCAGUCGUUCCAACUCUCGACAGCAACAGCGUCGACGUCCCAGUCCCGCAGCAGCGCGUCGCUCCGUUGAGUUUGCCGGCCCGGCUGUCAACACCAUUGAUCUCUGUCGCGAAGAGCCGCCGCCCCCGCCGCAGCAACUAGAACAGCAGCAGCCGCCGCCGCAGCGAAAAUUCGAGUCACAACAGCAGCCGCAGCCCCAGCCUCCAUCGCAGUCGCAGUCGCUGUCAACGCGCCGUAGCUUAGCCAGUCUGUCGCGCACACCGUCGCCGUUCCUUAAGUCGCAUGAGCGCAACGCUGUCGCAGUUCCAAAGAAGGUUCGCGACAACAGCCAGAGCAGCAGCUCGGACAGCAGUGUCGAUGAUAGCGAUGACAGCGAAGAUGAGGAGCAGCAGAAGAAGCAGCGCCAACAGUCGCGACGGUCAGCGGCAAGCGGCAAAAAUAGCUUAAAGGCUAAAGCUUUGGCGGCGGAGCCAAGCAAAGGCUCCAGCAGCAAGGCCAAGGCGUCGCGCAGCUCGGGCAGCAGCAGCAGCAGUGACCGCAGCGACGAUGACGACAGUAGCGAUGAGCGACACAAGAAGAAGUCGCAGCUGAAACGUAAAGAGGAAACGACGACUGCAAGCAGAAGCGAAAAGGAGAAGGAGAAGCAGCGUCGCAGUGGGGACAAGAAAUUGCAGCGCAGCGCGUCGAGUGAGGAAAGAGUACAUGCAGAGUCGCUGGCCGAGAAGCAAAGAAGCUUGGACAGAAGCCGCAAGCGAAGUCAUAAGAAAUCGCGAAGAGAUGGCAGCGGCAGCGAUUCCGACGAUGAACGUUUGCCCAAAAAGAAACGCAAGAAGUCAAAGAAAGCAGCCGAUAGCAGUGACAGCGACUCGGGCUCGGAGGACGAGUCGUCUUCGAAGAAAAGGAAACACAAGAAACAUAAGAAGCACAGCAAGAAGAGCAAGAAGCAUAAGAAGCAUAAGCGAAAGAGCAGCAGCAGCGCAAAGCAUCGGCAAGAGAGUAGCUCGCAGAGCAGUGGCGAUGAGGAUGAGGAGCAGCAUGCCAGGACGAGGGCUGCAGGCAAACGGAAUGGUAAGCUGCCGCUGAUGAUUUCUGGCGGCCCUGGCAUCAAUGAGGAUUUGGAGAAGCAACUGCGCGAGCGUGCGCUGAAAUCAAUGAAAAAGUUGGACUGAGCUACGACAACAAUAACAUCAUCAACAACAAUAAGAAACGGCUACAAAAUGGAAGAAAAAGAAGAAAGCAACUGACUAAAUUAAAAUGAAGAAAGGAAUGAAACGUUAACAAAAUGCGAUCCCUCAUUACAAAUACAUACAUAUGACAUACAGACUUUUAGACAGACAUGCGUAGCCAUUUAAACACUAACGUAACAUUCAUAUUUACAUACAUUAAAUAAUAUUUCUAACAAUUUAUUUCAUACGUUUAAGUCACAUUGCGCGUCGAACCUAUUAUAAAAAGAAAUCCGAAUUCGUGCAUGAUAAAUACAAUUUGUAUUAUGUACAAAAAA